UACCGUUUCGGGGAGGAGUGAGAGGGAGGGCGGUCGUCGCAGACAGAGAGAGAGAUUGCAGAGAGGGAGGGUGGUCGUUGCAGACAGAGAGAGAUUGCAGAGACGGAGGGCGGUCGUUGCAGACGGAGAGAGAUUGCAGAGAGGGAGAGCGAGAGAUUGCAGAGAGGGAGAGUGCGUUUCUCCAUCUUCCCCUCUUUUUAAAAAUCCGACCGUUGAGCCUGUAAGUGGCUUACAGGGAAGUGACUUCUCACCCCCAUCGCCCUGCAGUUUUUUGGUAGAUUUGCCUGUAAGUGACUUACAGGUUGUAAGUUACUUACAGGUGAAUUUUCUCCCCCAAACACCACCUGUAAGUGACUUCCCUGUAAGUUACUUCCCACUUACCCAACUUACAGGCAUCCAAACAGGCCCUUACAGAGACAUUUAAAAGGGGGAAAUCCAAUUCCAAACAAUCCAAAAUCCAUGCCUUCAAAUGAAAAGAAAAACCCUCUCUUCCUACAAACUACUGAAGAACAAAACCUUCCAUCUUGCUGCCAAUCUCUCCUCUUCGAUCGAAUCCUUUCAAUCCAAAAUCCAUCAAAAAUCAGAUGUUUCGUCCGUCCUCUCUGAUCUAAGCGGCUGCAUUUCGUCCUUACAGGCCUGUGCCCUUCACAAGAAUCUCUCGAAAGGGAAGGAAAUCCAUUCAUGGAUGAUCAUCAAUGGCUUCGUAGAAUCCCCAUUUUCCAUCACCAGCUUAAUCAACAUGUACUCGAAAUGUGAUCGUCCUGGCCACGCUCUUGAGAUCUUUGAUCGGGCCUGCUACCCGAAUCUCUUUGCUUGGAAUGCUAUCAUUGCUGGGUUUGUCACGAAUGGUCUCCCAGAGGAUGCUAUCGAGUUCUAUCUGAGAAUGCGGCGAGAGAAUGUUGCCCCGGAUAAAUUCACAUUCCCUUGCGUGAUCAAGGCGUGCUCGGAUGUUGCUGAUUUAUGGGAAGGGAAGAAGAUCCAUGCCGGGUUAUUUAAGGCCGGGUCCGAAUCAGAUGUUUUCAUUGCCAGCGCUUUGAUCAAUUUCUACUUGAAAUUCAAUCGCAUGGAGGAUGCAAGGCAGGUGUUCGAUCGAUUGCUUGAGAGAGAUGUUGUGUCGUGGAAUGCGAUGAUUAAUGGGUAUGCUCAAAUUGGGGAGUUUGAAAGGGCAUUGGAGGUUUUGGCACAGAUGUUGGAAGAAGCUAUUGCCCCAAGUAAGUUCACGGUCACUGGAGUAUUGUCGGUUUUUACAGCCUUGGAAGAUUUGAGGAGUGGGCAAAAGAUUCAUGGGUUUGUGGAGAAAAUUGGGUAUGGCUCAGACAUUAUCGUAUUGAAUUCCUUGAUUGAUAUGUAUGGAAAAUGCAAGUGCAUCAAAGAUGCACAAGAAAUCUUUGAAAGGAUGCAUCAAAGGGAUUUGUUUUCUUGGAACUCAAUUCUUUCAGUUUAUGAACAGUCUGGCGAUCAUGAUGGGACACUUAGGCUAUUUGAUAGGAUGCGGGAUGCUGGAAUUCAGCCAGAUUCCAUCACGAUCUCGACCAUUUUGCCAGUGUGUUCGCAGCUAGCAGCAUUGAUGCAUGGGAGGGAGAUUCAUGGGUACAUGAUUGUUAGUGGCAUGAGGAGAGAUGGUGAUGUGUAUGUGGAGAAUGCCAUCAUCGACAUGUAUGCGAAAUGCGGGAGCCUGAGGGAUGCUCGCGUGGUUUUUGAUAGGAUGAUGGAUAGGGAUGUGGUGUCGUGGAACAUCAUGAUAUUGGGGUAUGGCCUGCAUGGGCAUGGGCAUGAGGCAUUGGAUGUGUUCUCAAGCAUGCUCGCCAAGAAUGUGGAGCCUGAUGAGGUGACGUUCGUCGGGGUCCUAACUGCAUGCAGCCACGCAGGCUUGGUAGGUCGCGGUUUGGAGAUCCUUGUCAGCAUGGAGCCAGACCAUGGGGUGAUCCCCACAGUCGAACACUAUGCUUGUGCAGUAGACAUGCUUGGUCGGGCUGGACGACUCAGCGAGUCCUACGAAUUGGCCCGAACCAUGCCAAUUGAGCCCAACCCAAUAGUCUGGCGGGCGCUCUUGGCAGCCUGCCGGCUCCAUGGGGACGCAUCACUUGCUGAGAUUGCAGCAAGCCAGAUCUUCGAGCUUGAACCAGGGCACUGUGGGAGCUACGUGUUGCUUGCGAAUGUCUAUGGAGACACUGGGCGGUACAAAGAUGUGUCAGAGGUUAGGCAGACGAUGAAGCUCCGGAAUGUGAGGAAGAUGCCGGGGUGUAGUUGGAUUGAGGUAAACACAGGAGUGCAUGUAUUUGUGACCGGAGAUCGGGCCCACCAGCAAUCAGACCAGAUUUACACUCAAUUACAUAUGUUAAUUGGGCAACUACGCGAGUAUGGGUACUCACCAGAGGUUAGGCACGUCUCGCCCAGCAUACAUUAAGGUUAUUUUUCUUAAAACAAAAAAUAAUAACUAUAAAAACAUGGAUACCUAGAAUGGAAUACCAUUUCUAGACAAGGCUUUGAUAGAGGUGGGUCCCUACUCAUGGCUCGAUGAUAGACUCCGUGAGUUUCAACAUUGAAGUCAUGGGUUCGAGUGCCCACGCGGUGUGUGUGAGUGUGUUAAAAAAAGAGGCUUUGAUACAGCUUAGGGCUGCAUGCCGCCCCCGCUAGCUAUUACAAAUGACUGUUUUGUUUUCGUAUUACUUUUAAAACUAAUUGUUGUAUCAUUUUGUAACUGUCCUCUUAGCCAUUUUAAGGUCAUAAAAUGGGAAAAAUAUUUGGAAAAGAAAGAAAUAAAUACUAGUAUAUUGGCCAUUAA